UGAGACCACUCUGCCCUGUGGCCAGUUAGUCGCGGCAAUGGGGCCCUGGUCGGUUUUGCUAGAGGAUUGGCUGGGCGUUCGACUCCCUUUAGAGGGUAUCUGGUCUACCUCCAUGCUGUUCAAACACCAGGGGUCAAGAGAAACAGCUAUACAGCGCGAGCCUUUUGCCCUGUUUACAGGAGAGGAUAGAAACGGAUGCCAUGUGGAGGUCUACCCACGCCCAGAUGGGAGCGUGUAUGUGUGCGGGUGCGGGGGGAGUGUACACAUCAGCACAGACGAUCUCAAGGCAGGCAAACUACCCCCCUCUUCAUCGGACAACCCAAACAUGUCGCGUGUAUCGGCUGCGAUGAAGUCACUCAGUGCGUUCGCACCCACUAUCGUAGAAGACCAAACAAAAGGAGACGGAGAGCGAGAAGCACAUGCGUGUAUGCGCCCUUGUGCACCUGAUGCUCUGCCAGUGAUGGGAGAGGUGCCGUGCACUGAUAAUGUGUUCGUUUGCUGUGGCCAUAACUGCUGGGGUAUCACUUGGGCGCCCGUGUCUGGUAAGGCUAUGAGUGAGUUGAUGUUAGACGGAACAGCAGAGUGUGUUGAUCUGAACCCCUUCUCGCUGUGGCGUUUUAACCAGCAUCUGAGAACUUCGCGAAAAAGUGCUGGCCGUGGCGGAAAUGACCGUGACACCAGGAGCAGAAAGAAACAAGGUGAUCCGGUCGGCGAGCGAUGGUGAUCUUUUGUUGCGAAUAUCACGCGUGAACAGUGCAGUAAGUUGUGGAUGCCGACGCAAAGAACACGACACCAGGCACAGGCAG